GAGAAUUGUGCAUCCAUCGUGUUUGAAACUCUGAAUUACUCUGAAACCACAUGUUCCUUCACGCUACGUGUUUAUAAAGGCAUAAACGCAGAAUUUUCAAAUAUACAAUAAUAUUACGUUACGACGAUUACUUUCGUUGCAUAUUUUAUCGAUUUUUGUGCAUACGAUCAGUUUGGACACGAUAGAUCACGAUGCCAAAGGGGAAAAAGAAAAAGUUUAUCGACAAGAAGGAUUCUGUAACAUUCCACUUGGUUCAUCGCUCGCAACAAGAUCCAUUAGUGGCGGAUGAAAAAGCACCGCAGAAAGUCCUAGUGCCAGCUGCUGAUGCACAAGCAGCGAAAACAAAAAAGAAGUCAUUAGACAAUGAGAAACGUCAAGAGGAGCAGCAGAAGUAUGGAAUCUAUUUUGACGAUGACUACAAUUAUUUGCAGCAUCUUAGAGAUGUCAACACAUUGUCAGUGGAAUGGGAACGCGUCGAGAACCCUAGUAAUUCCAAAUGUGACAAGAGUACUCCAAAAAUCAACCUGCCAUCCUCUGUAUUCGCAUCGAAUGUCGAGGAGGAAGUCGGUAUGCUCAAUAAAGCGGCACCAAUUUCCGGGCCACGAUUGGAUCUCGAUCCGGAUAUAGUUGCUGCGAUGGAUGAGGAUUUUGAUUUUGACGAUCCCGAAAAUCAGCUAGAGGAUAAUUUCAUAGAAUUGGCUAACGCUGAAAGUAGCGACAGUGAGGAUUCCGAUAGAGAAUAUGAAUACGAAUUGAACGAACCAGGGAAUGAACAUAGUGAAUCGGAUGUCUCAUCUGACGGUCACAUGGAUUUAUCCGACGAAGAGGCGGAUGAAGUGUGCAGUUUAAAUGGACCUGAAUAUACUUUUAAAGAUGAGGAAACUAAAUCAAGGUUUACAGAAUACUCUAUGAGUAGCAGCGUGAUGAGAAGGAAUCAACAACUUACAUUGCUGGAUGACAAAUUUGAAAAGAUGUAUGCUGCAUACGAUGAAAAUGAAAUUGGUGCUCUAGAUUGUGAUGAAAUAGAAGGAUAUAUCGAUCAUGAUUCGAAAUUUAUUAUGCAAUACGCUGACGAAUUUGAAAGGAAGCAGAAGGAAGAUACGGAAAAUAUUGCGGAACUUAUGAAAGGUAGAAUGAAGAUCGCGGAAAAAGAAUAUUCGAGCUCAGAAGACGAAGAUGCAGAAAAACUUGUUGUCGACGCUCGUGGAAAAGAUAAAUGGGACUGUGAAAGUAUUCUUAGCACAUACAGUAACAUUUACAAUCACCCUAAAUUAAUUUCGGAACCUCCCAAGCGAUCAAAGAAAAUUGAAAUUGAUCGAAAAUCUGGUAUUCCAAAAAAUAUAUUAGGCAAUACCGGAAAAUUAACAGCUGAAACGUUGGCUCAAUUUAAUUUGGAAAAUAAUGCGUCAAAGGGCCCACAAUCUGUAGCGGAAAGUAGAAAAUCUACCUUAAGCAUUUUAAGCAUAAGACCCAAAGGGGAAACUACUGAUGAGAGAAGAGAGAGAAAAAAGCAGCUCAAAGAAUACAGACAAGAAAGAAGGAUAGAGCGAAAGGCAAAUACCGAAGCGUUUAAAGAGGAAAAGAAACGCCAAGAGAAGAUUCGGUUGAACGACAGGGUAAACGUUCGAGGAACUCGUAUAGUAUGAAGUUUUCGGCCAAAGUAAUAUGCUUUGUGACUGCGUCUUAGACUGCAGAUUUAACAACUUCCACUUUAUGUGUAAGAGAUACGAAUUGUUGUAUGUUAAAAACAUUACAAGAGACAGGUUAAAUGUAUCUAUAUUAUAUAUAUUUGAUUUUAAAAAUGA